CUUCCAUAGCUCUUCAAAUCGCUCGAUAGUGAAAUGAAAAACCCUUUGGCAGCGUUCUUGGUCGUGGCAGUAGCUGUUUUAGCCGAUCUGCCAGGAGCUCCAGCCCAGGCCCAGGAAGUUCAGUCCCACUGCGUCGCCUGUCCGGACGAAUUCAGGGGCAAGUUGGUCUGCGCCUUCAUCAACGGCUGCUACUUGGACAUAGAGUACUGCUCCUUGCUGGUCUUCAAUUGUGCACGCCAACAGCGCCACAAGCACCUGUUUCUGGUGGUAAGCGAGGGCAAGUGCAAGCCAGUUCGGGGAUUCAAGUGCGAAGUUAUGGACUUUUGAAUUCUGACGCAGGCUGUACGCGUUUAUUUAUUGAUGCAAUGAUUACAUUUUAGCUGCUUAAUCUAGUGAAAUGUAUGACGAUGUGCUGAUUAAAACUUCACAAUGUGUCCGGUGAAAUAGA